GUAUUAUUAAUAACUCUCUCCUCUCUCUACCUUAUUUCUAAAGUUCCCAACUCAGAUGACAAUCCUAGGGCUCUUACAUUGGAAGAUUAUUUGAAUGGAAAGUUUCAGUACAAAACAUUUUUUCCAUACUGGAUUUCAAGUCAUGAAUAUCUUCAUCAGACAGCAGAAGAUAACAUUAUUCUCUAUGAUGUUGAAACUGAGGACUCAGCUACCAUCUUGAGUAACGACACACUUAGAAAAGUUAAUGCCUCAAACUAUGCAUUAUCUUCUGAUAAACAAUUUAUAAUUCUGGAAAGUGAUCACACAAAGCUUUGGAGAUACUCUUAUACAGCAUCAUACCACAUUUAUGAUCUUCAAUACAGGCAUAUGUGUAUAAGAAUAAUAUCUUUUUGAAACUAUAUCCUGAAGAUCGAUCUAUUAAAAUAACUAGUAAUGGAAAAGAGAAUGUAAUAUUUAAUGGAAUUCCUGACUGGGUCUAUGAAGGUAAGUUAAUAUUGAAAACUGCAUUAAACAAAGCAGGGUUUGGUCAGA